AUGGCAGUCGGAAAAAUCGGCGAGUUUGAGGUGGGAAAAGACAUAUGGGACUUGUAUGUGGAACGCCUGGAACAAUAUUUCAUUGUGAAUUUAGUGAACGAAGAGAUGAAGGUGCCGACGUUGAUAACCAUGAUGGGAGCUGAAUGCUACGAGCUAUUGGUUACUUUAUGCACACCCCAUAAGCCUAAGGAUAAAGAGUUUCAUGAAAUUGUAGAUAUUAUGAAGAAACAUCUUCAACCCAAACCGAGUGAGUUGGCCGAGCGCUAUAAAUUUCGGCAUAGACUGCAAAAAGCCGACGAGUCAAUGGCAGAUUACGUCGCAGCUCUAAAAAAAAUAUCGAAAACCUGUGAGUUUGGUCCCUGGCUAGAUGAAAGUUUGCGUGAUCAGCUAGUGUGUGGCAUUAAUAAUGAAACCAUAAGGCAACGUCUGUUCGCUGAGGAUAAGUUAAACUUUAGUCAAGCAUAUCGCUUAGCAUCUAGUAUGGAAACUGCUGAGAGGGAUGCGGCGAUUGUGGUCGAAGGUCAUAGAAGGGCAUCGAGCGCGGGAAACACAACGGACUGUCAAGCGAUUACGGUGGGGGCAACGUGGCGGAGGAAACAUCAAGCGGGCAGCGCGCGCGACUACGGUGACAGCGGAGCGGUGCGGGAGACCGGCCAGCGGGGGGGCGGCGGCGGCUGGGCUCGACAGCCAGCGGCGCGUGCCUCGGCAUCGAACAAAUCACAACACGAGCGCGGACAUAUGCAGGCGCAAUGCAAGGCGUGUGGGGGUGCGCAUGAAACUGCGGCUUGGAGACAAUGGAUCGCGGAAUUACGUAUACAAUUACCUAACUUAGAAUACGAUUGUGUUAAUAGGUUAGCGACCGACGAAGAAUUUAAUUUUAGUGCAUUUAGUUCCAGAUAUUGUAAUGUGUUCGCGGAUGGUCUGGGUCGGUUCUCGGGGCCGGCUGUGGGCAUACACGUUCGAGCCGACGCGCGGCCGGUGUUCAUGCGCGCGCGCCCGCUGGCGUACGCACUGCGCGAGCCGGUGGAGCGCGCGCUGCAGCAACACGUGCGCGACGGCAUCCUCACACCCGUCGAGCGCUCCGACUGGGCGACCCCGAUUGUGCCCAUCGUAAAGAAGGAUGGUAGUAUUAGGAUUUGUGCCGACUACAAGAUUACGCUAAAUAAAGUGCUGGAAAUUGACCGUUAUCCGUUGCCUAAGGUUGAGGAUUUGCUAGUGCGACUACAUGGAGGACAGCGGUUCAGUAAAUUAGAUCUGUCGCAGGCCUACGCCCAAUUCGUUUUGGAUGAUUCAAAAAAAUACACGGUGAUAAACACUCAUAGAGGCUUGUUCAUGUAUAACCGUUUAGUCUACGGUUUGGCGUCUAGUCCGGGAAUAUUCCAACGUCGUUUAGAAGAGCUCUUCGCCGAUUUGCCUCGGGUGGGGGUGUUCCUGGAUGAUGUUAUUAUAACAGGAGAAACUAAGCGGGAACACAUGGAAAACCUCCAUAAGGUGUUCGACCGUUUGGAAAAAUAUGGACUACGAGUAAAAAAAGAGAAAUGUGAAUUCUUUGCAAAAUCAAUACACUAUCUGGGGCAUAUUAUUAGCGAAAAAGGAGUCCAUACUUGUCCAAACAAAGUAAAGGCCAUACUCGAUACAAGGGCACCUUCGAAUAUUUCAGAAUUGAGAUCCUUCAUAGGUAUGGUUAUGUACUAUUCCAAGUUUAUAAAAAAUAUAAGUACCUUGUUAGCACCGCUUUAUAGAUUAUUAAAAUCAGGCGAAAAAUUUGUCUGGAGCAGGGAAUGUCAGGAUGUUUUUGGUAAAGUAAAGGAACGGUUAACGAGCGCCGAAGUGCUGGCGCAUUACUCGACGGAGCUGCCGCUGGUCGUGACGGCAGACGCCAGCAGCGUGGGCGUGGGCGCCGUGCUGGCGCACGAGACGACGGCCGGGGAGCGGCCCGUGGCGUACGCUUCGCGCUCGCUCACCGGUGCUGAACGACACUACUCGCAGAUUGACAAGGAAGCCUUAGCGAUUGUCUUCGCCAUACGGAAGUUUCAUCAAUACUUAUAUGGUAGAAAGUUUGUUUUGAGAACGGAUCACAAACCUUUGACACAUAUAUUAGGUGAUAAGGUGGGCAUCCCUAUUAUGGCAGCGUCCCGCUUACAGAGAUGGGCCGUACUUCUGUCAGGGGGCUGUCUUAUGUGGGGAUACAGAAUGGUGAUUCCCGAAUCGUUGAGAAAGCUGGUUUUAAAACAACUACACAGCAGUCACAUGGGCAUCAUUAAGACUAAGUCUUGGGCUCGUAGUUAUGUGUGGUGGCCGGGCAUCGAUCAGGACGUGGAGGGGCAGUGCCGCGCAUGCGACACCUGCGCGCAAGAAGCCGAUGCGCCGCCGCGAGUGUCGCCGACGCCUUGGCCUUACCACCUACAGCCCUGGUCGCGCUUACAUAUUGAUUUUCUCGGCCCAAUACGAGGUUUAACAUUUAUGGUUAUGGUAGACUCGACAUCUAAAUGGUUAGAGAUAUUUGAAAUGAAAUCGACGAAUGCGACGUCCGUCAUAAAGGUACUUCGUACGACUUUUGCAAGGUUUGGCUUACCGAUGGAAGUCGUUUCUGAUCAAGGGCCGCCAUUUAGCAGUAGUGAAUUUAAUAGUUUUCUAGUGAAUAAUGGGAUCACUCAAAGCUAUUCACCGGUCUAUCACCCAGCAUCAAACGGUGCCGCCGAAAAUGCCGUUAAACAGUGUAAACGAGCUAUUAAGAAGGCUUUUAGGGAUAAAGUUGAUGUGGACACCGCCUUGCAAACAUUUCUAUUAAUGUAUAGGAACACUAUUCAUAGUACUACUGGGGAAACACCAGCAAUUUUACUUCAAAAACGUAAAUUGCGGACACGAUUGGAUUUAAUACGAAACGAUGUGGGCUUGAAACAAAAGGUGCUUACGGUUCAAGAUAAGCAGGUCAAAAAUGCAGGUGGAGUGGAGCGAGAAUUUUCUCCAGGUGAUACAGUUUGGUUUAGAAGAUAUGGUGGUAACGAAAAGUGGGUAAAAGGUACAAUAAUGGAUAAGGAAGGUUCCAGGAGGUUGAUUGUAGAUAACGGUAACGGGCAAUUUCAAAAACGGCAUAUUGAUCAGGUGCGACGACGUACACGAUGGUCGUUGUCAAGCGGCACAGGUUCUAAUGUCACCUCUGAACGCAGUGCCGUGUCGGCAACGAUCGCAGGCGGGGAUGAGGAGGCCGUGGUGCGGGGGUGUGCGGUGGUGGAUGAGAGUACUACAGAUUCUAGUAUACCAGUAGUAUCAGGAACUAAACAGUCCUGUAGCCCAGCUACAGUCAAUUCAAACAAUAGUUCUGAAUCCAGUAACGCUCGUACACCACAGUCACAGCAACUCCAGCUGCGUCCUAAGCGUACACAAAGACCAGUUUUAAGAUAUGGUUUCGAACCUGACUAA